AUGGAGGCUAGGAUCAAUACAAGCUGGAGCUUUUGCAAAUUGCUAAGUAUGAGGAAUCAAGCUGCCUCCAUUUUUGCUUUUGGAACACAAUCAAUCAAAGACAUAUGGCAUCACAUUCGUAACAAAGAUGAUAAGGUUACUUGGCAUAAGCUAUUCUGGCUUCCUCUUCAUGUUCCUAAGUAUAAUAUUAUUACUUGGAUGGCUUUUCUUGACAGAUUACCAACUAAAGAUAGGUUGAUUCGAAUGGGGUUCAACAUUGACGGUAUCUGUGUGCUUUGUAAUGAGGAGAUGGAAACUAGAGACCACUUGUUUCUACAUUGUACUGUGGCAAAUUCGGUAUGGAGUUCUGUUUUGAAUCUUAAUGGCAUUUGCAGAGGAACUUGUUCGUGGAGUGCUCGCAUUUCAUGGGCUUUUGCUUCCUGGAAAGGAAAAUCAUUGCUCACUGCUAUUAUGAAGCUAGCUUGGACUACUUUUACUUACAUUAUUUGGGAGGAGAGGAACAAGAGAAUUUACCAAAGACGUUCAAGAAAUGUUAAUGCCUUACUCCUUGCUAUUAAAGAUUCUGUUGGUAUUCAACUUAAGAGUAGGGAAAUAAAUAGAAAUGACUAUGUCAAUAGUGCUCUUUGUAUUCAAUGGGGGUAUUGA